UGAAUUGAAGGAGCCUCGAAAACCCUAACUCGAUAAUACGACUUACAGGCUCAGACUGAGCUUAUCAUGAGCAUAAAGUAGGAAACUUUUUUGUUCGCUCAAAAACACGAGAGAAAAGAUCUCCUAAACUCCACUGAUAAGAGCUGACCAAAGCUUCAGAAGUGCUCUCGCGCUGAGUCAUCUCGGGCUCUCUGGAGGACAGCGACCGCUCCGCUCUCACGCCUGCUCCAAAAGCGCACUUCAAAGCUACUGUUGGCGCAACGCUCGCUGCUGCCACCACCGACGGUAGGACCAUCUCGAUGGGGCGCUCCGAAGGUUGCCAUCGUCGCAGCUGCUCCAAAAUGUCAGUUGAUCGUUGAAGACCGUCGGGUUCGGAAGUGUUUUUGCGGUGAAUGGUAUUCAAAAGUCUUCUUCUGUGGCGUUCAAAGUGAACGGAGAAAACCAAAAAAAAAAACCGCGCGCGCGCAAACGGAUUUUUGGAAAGUGUGCACCCUGAGCCGCGGGUGAGCCACGGAAUUCCUCGGACUCUCGGCAGCCCUGUGCAGGCGGCUUGCCGUUGCGUGUGUGUACGAUCAGCUCCUUCCCCCAAGCCAGCUGAUGCUGCGCAGGCAGCAGUGGAUGUGGUGUCUCGACCGCUGCUGUGUGGAGGAGAAAGACCAGUGAAAUCGUGGAGAUUUUUCUUGUAUCUUAUCGUUUCCCAUGCGCGUGAUUCAGUGAUUUCUCGAGGGAAAGGUGAAAAUUUUAUUUUUGCACGGCUUCGGUUGCAUUGAGUGGAAGUGAUUUUAACAGAUUAUGAUGUGAUAUUGUGGUUCCGGAAGUGCUGAAAGCAGUGAUAACACAUACGUUCAAAGUGAAGCUCCAGAACAUCUUGAACCGGUACACACUCUCUCUCCAAGGGGAAGCGAAAAAACGGAAAAUAAGGCAAAAGCGAGAGUCUUUCGAGCGGCAAAAGAAAGAAAAAAUAUUAAGUCGGGAAUAAUUGCAAGGUUUUGGUCGGGUGCAGCCCAGCGUGACCAAACGUUCGCGGCGCAACGCGAUCUCGGUCGAGGAACAAAAAUACUACAUUCGGGUUGGGGUUAAGCGCAACCAAAGGCAGUUGAGUGAGAAUCGUGUAGAACUUGCUGAGUGGUUGACUUAUAGGCAAGCAAAAAAAAGGGAUCGGUCCCCAACGUGAGCGCAGAAAAGGCAAGGCCAGAUCAGCACUAGGCAGCACUCCAGAUUGGAAAGGGAAAAAAGAAUCGAGCUGAGUGUGAAAAAAAUACAACGCGGGCAAACCCAUCCACAGACGACUCCUGGAGAUGAGAUCCCAAGCGGGACACAGUUAGAGGCUGAAGUAACCGCAGCGGCGCAGAGCAAAGUAGGUCAAACGCGCGGCAAACGGCGAACGGAGUGCCGUUCGUUCUCUCAUUUGCUUUGCUCUUCGAUCACAGAGUCAUGACACUAUCGAACGAUAUCGGUGGAGGUGGAGGCGGUGGAGGCGGUGGCGUCGGUGGUAACGGAAGAUCGAACGGCAGCAGCCAUCAUCAUCAUCAUCAUCACCAUCGCAGCGGUAGCAGCGGCAACAAUCACAGCAGCAAUAAUAGUAACAACAACAAUAUAGUUGUUGGACGACGGAUGAGUGUUGGAAACAAUAGUAAUAUUAUUCACAACAAUAACAAUAAUAACCACAACCACAACAACAGUAGCUCGAACAUCAAUGGAUACAAUCACAACAAUAGCCCACCGAUGGGCGGCGAUAAGGAUUGGGACUUUAAGGUCUUUAAGAGGUUCUCGCCAAGUUUUUUCCGCAAGAAAAGUACAAAGUAUCCCGAAUCGGACGAUUUCGACUCGCUGCCACCGCCACCCCCGCCGGAGGACGAUUCGUCCUACUUCGACGAACACCCGCCACCUAACCAUCAUCUGCACCAUCACGCCCACAUGAACCAUCUGAACACGCUGGACACCGGGACCCGCGUGGACACCACCCCGGAAAAAGUUCGCAAACAUCGGUCCAACUCGGACAUCAGCCAAUCGAAGCAUCACAAUCACAGGAGCAAUGGCGGCGGUGGCGGAUUGCAUCACAAAUCAUCCAACGGACAUCAGCACCAUCACCACCAUCAUCACCAUCGGCACUCGAAGAGCAGUCGGGCGGAUUCGGUGCUGUCGAGCGAUUCGGACAUUCGAUUCACCCGGAGGAAGCUCGGGGAUAAUCAGAAGUGCGGCUGUGCGCUGAUUGCGGGCUUUCUGUUGAUACUGCUGUUCGCCGGGGUCAUCGUCUAUGUUGGGUACACCUACCUGCGGCCCGAGCCUCUACCAGAUCGGAUAUUCCGUGGCCGGUUACGUGUGGUCGAGGGUGACAACUGGACCUCGGAGCUGGCGGAUCAGAACACACCGUGGUUCCAACAGCGAGCACGAGACUACCGGGAACGAAUCAAUCUGAUCAUGCGACGGUCCGAUCUGCGGGAACCGUACGAAGGGAGCGAAAUUCUCGCACUGGAUGGCAACGAAGGCGAACCCUUGACGCUUCACUUUGCGAUGUAUUUCGAUCCGUAUGCUGAGCUUGUGUCCACCGCCGAUUUGCACUCGAUUCUGAUGGAGGAGAUUACUUCCGAUCAUCCAAGGUACUUCCGUAACCUGACCAUCGAUCCGUCGAGCUUGAUCAUCAAGGAGGUUCUCGGCCAGUUUGACGACAUCCCGGGAACUUCCUCAUCGCCGUUGGGCGGGAAGGAUGAUAUUGUCAGCGAGAUAGUCACCACCGUUCGACCACUCCGCAAGUGUGAACCCCUGCGACUCAACUACUGCCGCUCGGUUGGCUACAACGUGACGACCUACCCGAACUUCUUCGGGCACAACUCGCUCGAGGAUGUCGAAGCCGACCUGAUCUCGUUCCGGGAGCUAGUGGACGCGGAGUGCUUCCGUCAGGCGUUCGAUUUCAUCUGUCGACUCCUGCAGCCUCCGUGUGAGUUCCGAAGAAUCGAAGAGCCCACCCCCGGGAAGGUUUGCCGACAGUACUGCCAGGCGUUCUGGGCUGGCUGUGGUGACCGACUGCCGGAGCGUUUCCGGAAGCACAUGGAUUGCGAGCGAUUUCCAGAAUCAACGGGAAUUCAGUCGUGCCACAGCCGUCCCGGCUGUUCGGGGGAACUCCAAUCGAAUGCACUCUCCUCCCGGCUUUGCGAUGGGGUUGCUGACUGUCCGGAUUUGUCCGACGAAAACAGUUGCACGUUUUGUGCGUACGGAGCAAUCUACUGUGGCCGGGGGCGCGUCUGCUACCCGAAAAAUGCUCGCUGCGAUGGGAAAUUGGAUUGUCCGGAUGGUAGCGAUGAGAAGGAUUGCCUUUCCAUCUCCCCACAAGUUUCGUAUCUGACGUUCCCGUCGCCUAUUGUGCCCUACCGACCACGCUUCUACUCCGAAGGCUACGCAGUCUUCUCGGAGAAGGGAACCACCGGCAAGCUGUGCUCCGUCGGGAUGGAAAGCAACGAGUACGUGCGCACAACGGUAGCGGAAUCGCUCUGCAAGGCACUUGGAUUCGAACGGGUCGACUAUUCGGAGAUACGCAACGACACCGAACCGAACACCAGUUACGUGCGGGUGUUGGAUCCAAGGGCGUCGGAAAUCUCCUUCGUAAGGACUACCUGUCAGAGCAAACAGUCGUUGUAUGUUGGCUGUGGGCAGCUGGAGUGCGGCGUUCAAUCGGCUCUUCCGAGCAAUCCGAAUGUGGGUCUGCCUAAGAUGGCCUCUCCGGGGGACUGGCCAUGGUUGGCAGCUCUGUUCCGAGCGGAUACUCACGUCUGUGAUGGAACGCUGGUUUCUUCCGAUUGGAUCCUAACAACGGAGUCCUGCUUCCAGGGUCAAACGAAAGCCACGUGGAUGGCAAUUUUUGGAGCGGUCCGUCUCUCCUCGAGCGCCCCCUGGACGCAGCGGCGAAGAAUUAUUGGCAUGGUGAAAUCCCCGGUUGAGGGCAGCACCGCUGCCCUGAUUCGUCUUGAGAAUCCCGUUGUCUUCUCCGAUUUCGUUCGGCCGAUAUGUUUGCCGGACAUUCCACUGAAAGAAACCAUCGACCGUGCCGACAACAACAACGUCACACCAACUCCCCACGCAGAGCGGUUCUCCAAGAGUCGCCCCCGAAAGCCCCUCAAGGAGUACCGACAGUACUUCGAAACACCCGGCAACGAUGACGGCAGCGGCGGCGGCACGUCAUCCGAUGAGCUCGUGGAACUAACCGAAACGUCCCGCUACUCAAUCAACGAGUUUGCGGCGGACUUCACCGACGAGGGCGCGCAGAUCCCCAAGGCGGAGGCUAUCGGCGUCGUGAAGAAUCCCUACCCACUGCCGGAGAAUUCGCCCCAGACCAACAACUACAUUACCCCGCAGAACUACAUCGCCAGCUUUCAGCCGCCCAAGCCGAAGCCAACCGUUUGGACCAACUGCAACACGCUGGGCUGGAGCCGCCAGCGGGACCAUCUGCAGCGGGUGCAACUCAAGAUCAGUGAUAUGAAGCCUUGCGAGAACGUUUCGAUAGCCACCGUCAACAGUCUCUGCACGGAGGCGGCCUACCACAAGCAGGACUGCAGCGAGGAAGAGUUCGCAGGCAGUCCGGUCGUUUGUCUGCUUCCGACCGAGCGCAAGUGGGCCCUGGUUGGGGUCGCCUCGUGGCGAAUAGCGUGCGCCCCGAACGGAGUGGAACGACCCCGGAUGUACGAUAAAAUCACGUCCAACACGCAGUGGAUCCGGGAGACGAUUGCCGCUACGGUGUAGCAAAAUGGAAAAAAAGUGUAGCUUGACCACUUUGGCAGCAGUGAUCAAAUUAUGUGCAAAUAUUAAGCUUAGUGCGAGCGUGCGUGCGAGUGUGUGUGUAUUGAAGAAGGAUGAAUGAACGAGUGCGAGAAGGAAGCUGAAACGAGAGAGAGGAAAAAACGAGAGCGCGUCCCAAAGGAUAUAAAAAUGAUACCCAUUAAUGCCAUUUGUUUACCUUGAGAUCUAAAAGCUAGUUUUACAUCAUAAACGAUGUGGAAAUGUAUGCCUUUUCCAGACUAAAACAAAGCACAACACCCAAACACAUGCUAUGAGAAUGUUUAAUCCUUCCACAAAAAAGGUAACACCUGAAAGUAACACGUCGUUUUUAUGUGUAGUGCAUAUUAGUUAAUUAUUGGACCUGUUUUGAAAUUAUUUUAAUUUUUUGUCAAUUGUUGCAUAACUGUAAUUGCGUAAGUUAACCUUGACAAGCUUAGAACAAUCCAAAUUUAUUGAAUAAAUUUACGU